AUGAUAAUCCUCUCAGCAAUCAGAAUCUUGAAAUUUUCAACCAAAACCCAGCGUCUUUCCACUUCUUCUUCAACUGCUAAUUUCACUGAUUUGCUUCAGUUUUCCAUUGAAUCUCAAUCUCUAAAAGAUACACAAAAAAUACACGCCAAAAUCCUUCAGCUUGGACUUGAUCAAAACUCUGUUAUAGCAACUAAACUCGUCUCUGCAUACUUUGCUUGCCAAAACCCACUUGAUUCUCAGCUUGUUUUCGACACUUUUGAACACAAAAGUGAGUAUCUUUGGAACAUAUUGAUUAAUGGGUAUGCGAAAAGUAAGUUAUUUGGGGAAAGUAUUAAGCUUUUUAAUCAAAUGUGUAAAUCUGAAGUCACCCCUGAUGAGUUUACUUUUUCGGGUAUAGUGAAAAUUUUGGGUGAAUUAGGAGAUGUUGUUUCAGGGGAAGUUGUUCAUGGGAGGUGUGUGAGAAAUGGGGUUGUUUUAGAUACUGUUGUUGCUAAUUCUUUCAUGGCUAUGUAUAGCAAAUGUGGGAUUUUUCAAGAUUCACUGAAGGUGUUUGAUGAAAUGCCGCAGAGGAAUGUUUCGUCUUUUAACGUUGUAAUUUCAGGGUAUAUGGGUGUAAAAGAGAAAAAUUUGGAUGGAAAAUUGUGGGAUUUUGUGAAGGAUAUGCUAUAUGAAGGUUGGAAGUUUGAUGCGUUUACGGUUUCGACGCUUCUUUCGUUGUGUGGAGAGGUGAAGAAGAACUGGAACUUUGGAAAAGAGCUGCAUUGCUAUGUGGUGAAAGCUGGAUUGGAGUUAGAUUUAUUUGAUUCUUAUGAUGUUCAUUUGGAAUGUUGUUUGAUUGAUAUGUAUUCAAAAAGUUUCAGGGUUGAAUUGGGGAGGCGGGUUUUCGAUAGGUUAAAGUGUAGAAAUGUUUUUGCUUGGACAGCAAUGAUCAAUGGCUAUGUGCUGAAUGGAGAUUUUGAUGAAGCUUUGCUACUCUUUAAAGCCAUGCAAGUGGAAGGUGUAGAACCCAAUAAGGUUUCGCUUAUUAGUAUCAUACCUGCUUGUUGCUCAUUUGAUCGUUUGAAAGGUGGAAAACAGAUUCAUGCAUUUUCAACUAGGAGAGGGUUGAAUCACGAAGUGUCUCUAUGUAAUGCUCUAAUCGAUAUGUAUUCUAAGUCGGGAUCCUUGAGUUGUGCACGAAGAGUCUUUGAACAUGAUUGUGUUACUAAGGAUGCUAUAUCGUGGAGUUCAAUGAUUUCUGCUUACUCCUUACAUGGGAAUGGUCAGGGUGCUAUCGUUUUGUAUGAGAAAAUGCUUCAACAUGGGAUGAGACCAGAUAGGAUUACGAUUGUUGGGGUUCUCUCUGCUUGUGCUAGGUCAGGAUUGGUAGACGAGGGCAUCCGGAUAUAUAGUUCUGCUGUAAAUGAGUAUGAUUUAGAACCAACUUUGGAGAUAUGUGCAUGCAUUGUGGAUAUGUUAGGUAAAGCAGGCCAAUUUGAUAGAGGAUUGGAUUUCAUCAAGACCAUGCCUAUGGAACCAGGUCCUAGUAUAUGGGGUGCACUUGUGAAUGCCUCUGCAAUCCAUGGAAAUAGUGAAGUACACGAUUUAGCAUAUAGGUUUCUUAUACAGAUGGAACCCGAGAACCCCUCCAAUUAUGUGUCUCUUUCAAAUUUGUAUGCUUCUUCAAAGAGAUGGGAUGUCGUUGCUCAAGUGAGAACUAUGAUGAAAGAUAAAGGGCUGAAGAAGUUCCCUGGUUGUAGUUGGAUUAGCGUUAACACUGAAACUCAUAGCUUUUACGUUGCUAACAAGUCUCAUCCUUGUUCUGUUGUGAUUUAUGAGAUGCUAGAUCAACUCAUCUUAGCAAUGAAACAAGAUGAUAAUGGUGUUGUCUUUGAAGAUACUCUGAAGGUUUAUGAAUGA